AUGUCAUUGGUAAGUUCAAUGGAUAACAUGGCAUGUAAUAAAGUGCAACAUGUGAGGAAGGCAAAGAAGAAGCUGGAUCGUCUUAAACAGGCAGAAAAGAAAAGGAGACGGCUGGAAAAAGCUCUAGCUAAUUCUGCUGCCAUCAUAUCCGAAUUGGAAAAAAAGAAACAAAAGAAGAAAGAAGAACAACAAAGACUUGAUGAAGAGGGUGCUGCAACUGCGGAAGCUGUUGCUCUACAUGUUCUACUCGGUGAAGACGAAGAUGAUUCAUAUAAUAAGGUUGACCGCAAGACCUGGGAUGAUUAUAAUCAUAAUCGUGAGUUCUUCAUGGGUGGGAAAAGAGCUUGCUUACCGAAUCUAUAUGGUUGCACAUGGUCCGUCACUACCGAAAAUGGCAAGUGGUUUAUGUCGUUCAGGCCUUUCGAAAACAACAUUCACGAACCAAUUUACAAAGAAGCAGGAUGGGAUCCUACAAGACUCUCUAUUGAUCUUAUAGCAGCACAAGCAAUUAGAUCACUCCAAAUUGCAGAGAAUGCAGAUGAGGAUAGGAUACUCUUCUAAUCGAAUGCUCGAAUGU